UGAAUGUGGAGGAGGAGAUACAGCCAGCAGUCUGUGUGUGUGAGUGUGUAUAUAUACAACAGUCUGUGUGUGGAGCUUCAUCCAGCUGAAGACUCAACAUCCCUGCAGCUCCAACACAAGAUAAGAUACUUGAGCAGCCAUGGCAGAUGACAGCUUUAAACAGGAGUUUCUGCAGACUCAUAACCAGUACCGGGAUCAGCACCAGGCACCACCGCUGGUCUACAGUGAGGAUCUCUGCAGCGCCGCUCAGAAAUGGGCUGAACACAUGCUGGACAAAAAAUCUAUGGGCCACAGUGAAACAGAGAACGGGGAGAACGUCUAUUACUCCUUCAGCUCCGUCAAAAAGACACCAACAGGAAAGGAAGCUGUGGACUCGUGGUACAGUGAAAUCAAAGAUUAUGACUUUGCUAAAUCAGGAUAUCAGCCUAAAACAGGUCAUUUCACGCAGGUGGUGUGGAAAUCCUCCACAGAGCUCGGAGUCGGUCUGGCUACUGACGGAAACACAGUUUUUGUGGUUGGUCAAUACAAACCUACUGGAAACAUAAACAACGCUGGAUUCUAUGAGAAAAAUGUUCUGCCUAAAAAGAAAUAAUGAUCAUUUUUCUUUUGAUUGUUUUAAAAUGUAAACGUAUUAAGCAGAAGCUUUUAAAGUAACUUAGUCAACGCUUUUUCAGAUUAAAUAUAAAAGAUAGGCCGAUAAGACAUUGUGAACAAAUCUUGUGUGUGUGAUUUUA